UGCAUAGUCGACCAUGAGGAAUAUUCUGAGCCAACUCGUCAACAUUCCUCAUCCUCUAUGUGGGCGGAAGCAGAACUUCCGUUCUCGAAAUACGACAGCACCAUUGUGCCGAAUGGAGUCUGACGCACGGCUGAGAACUCCUUCACACUCUUCCUAGACUGAUUUCUU